CCAUAGUCCACUAUUGUCCAUUCUGGACUUUUCACGAAAAAUCCACACACACACACAAAUCGAUACAAAUCCCAUCCAUUAUUCCCCUAUUUCAUUCUCUUCGAUUCGCACGACAGAAAGAGGAAGGGUUUCGCCCCUUCUCUCUUCUUUCCAAUCCCAUCUAUAUACAAUCAUUUUGAAUUAACUAUAUCUAGAGAGAGAAAAGGGUUCGUCUUGUAAAUGGAUUUGACUUCUCAAGAUUCAUUGCGAGUACCUAAGGAAGCUGUUGAAGUCAAUGAGAAGGGUGUUCUAAUGGAGCAAAAGGAGGGGUUUCCUGCUUAUGUUUCAAUGGUUGAUCCGUUCCUAGUCGAGGCUCUUCAAAACCCCCGUCAUCGAUUAACUAUUCUGCGAAUGGAACUAGAUGUACAAAAGUUCUUGCAGAGUUCUGGCAUACAUCAGUUUGAGUUUCCACACUUCCCUACGUCAUACCUUCGUCUUGCUGCACAUCGUGUUGCUCAACACUAUGGUCUGCAGACUAUGGUUCAGGACAAUCCUGUAGAUGGCCAAGGAACCCGGAUUUUGGUUUUAAAGAAGCCAGAAAGUAAGUUCCCUGCUAUCCUUUUGUCAGAUGUACCAGCUGGACAGUCUGAAACUGACAAACUGGGUCAAAUCAAGAUUGUCUUAAAACCGAGGUCUUCUAAAGCUUCCUCCAAUGGUGUCAAUGGACUGGGGCUUAAACGAAGUCCUGUGAGAACAGUGGAAGAGAGAAAGGAGGAAUAUGACAGAGCUCGAGCUCGUAUAUUCAGCAGUCCAAGUAGUUCUGAAUCAGAAGAUACAACAGGUUGGGUUGCUUCUGAUAGGAAGAAUUUAAAUAUGGGUGGUAAUGAAGUUUCAACGAACUUGGUAGUUGAUGGUGAGAAAAAUCUGAGCAGCAGGGAGAUUGGGGUUUCUUCUAAAGUAGCCAUUUUUAGGGACAGGGAGAAGGAUCGCACUGACCCUGAUUAUGAUAGAAGUUAUGAAAGAUAUGUUAAGAACUUACCGAGCAUUCAAAGUUUCAACGUAGCACCAAUUAAUGUUCCGAAAUACCCACCUCCAUUCAUGCAAUAUGACUCCGUUAUUCCUCGGCUGGGUCAGAUGCCUGUGGCUCAAGCUUCCAUCAAUUACAGGAGCCCUGUUAUGAGCCCUUACCAUGCAAUGGGAUUGAAUCAGACUCCUAGGGGUGCUUUGUACAUGCAGUGGCCUUCCCAGUCGACGAUGUAUGCACAGUCAUAUGAUCACUUGAGGCAGACCAUUUUUCAGGCUCCCUUCUAUCAGCAGCCACUAAGUUUUGAACACAUUCAGAACCAUACAUGACAAUCAAAUUAUAAGCUGGGGGAAUUUCUGUAUUACUGAAGGAGCUACUGUUUUUUGUCCGAUGUAGAUUUUCUUGAUUUAGGUGAACCGUCAGAUUUAAUGUAGCUUCAUUCUCCAUAUAAUUCUGGACUGACUAUAUUGUUUGUAGAGAUUUGAUACUACUGAAUGUCUAUCUGUGAUAAUUAUAAAUUAUUGGGUGUCAGCCUUGCCAUAUCA